UGCGCGACCGCAGCAUCAGAAUGCUGACAUGGCCGCGUCUGUCGAGCUGAGACUCACUUUAUGCAUCUGUCUGGUUUUUAUCCUGGGACUUUCUUCGGUCUCCGCUCUCAUUGAGGGACUGUAUUGCGGGAUUCAAAGCUGUUAUGACGUGCUGGGAGUUUCGCGUGACGCCAGUAAAGCUGAGAUCGGGCGCGCGUACCGCCAGCUGGCCCGGCGCUAUCACCCAGACAGAUACCAGCCCGGAGAGAGCGACGACUCCCGCGAAACCGCGGAGCAAAAGUUUCUGCUGGUCGCUACUGCUUACGAGACACUCAAGGAUGAAGAAUUACGUAAGGACUAUGACUACAUGUUGGACCACCCAGAGGAAUACUACAGCCACUACUACACCUACUACAGGAGAAGACUUGCUCCCAAAGUAGACGUUAGGAUAGUGAUUCUUGUAACUAUUUGUGCAAUUUCACUGUUUCAGUAUUACAGCUGGUGGAGUAGUUACACAGAAGCCAUCAACUACCUGAUGACCAUUCCCAAAUACCGCAUCCAGGCUACUGAACUGGCCAAGCAGCAAGGUCUGCUGAAUAAAACCAAAGAGAAGGGCAAGAACCGGCGCUCCAAAGAGGAGAUCCGUGAAGAGGAGGAGCAGAUUAUCAGAGACAUCAUCAAGAACAAGAUAGACAUCAAAGGCGGCUAUCAGAAGCCCAAUGUAUCUGAUAUUCUGCUUUGUAAAAUCAUUCUGUUCCCUUACAAUCUGUGCACCUACGUGGCAUGGAAUUUCUCGUGGUUUUACCGUUUCACCAUUCACGGGGAGGAGUAUGGGGAUGAGGAGAGACUUUACAUUAUCCGCAAGUACAUGAAGAUGUCACAGGCUCAGUUUGAUAGUCUGGACAACAGCCUGAUAGAGACUUUCCUCAAGCAGCAGCUCUGGAUCAAAGAGAAUUAUGAGACCUACAGAGAGGAGCAGGAGGAAGAAAUGAAGAUGAAAAUGGCCACAGACUCGCGAUGGAAACGCUACAGGCGUUGGAUGAAGAGUGAGGGGCCAGGACGCAUCACUUUUGCUGAUGAUUGACCUCACUUGAACAGAGAGCUGUCCCAGAUGCACGUCCAGCCUGAGCACAUGAGUACACACAACUCUGUGCGUCCUUGUUUACAAUAGACUGACAAUGUGCACGUCAUUUACAAGGCUGCCUUUUCUCAUAUAAAGACUAUAAAGGCUUUUUGAUUGUACCUAUGGAGGAUGAUUAGAUUUUUCUGUCAUUGCAUAGGAGGACGAGACUGUUGGAAACAAAGAAAAAUAACUGUAAUAACAUUGUGUGAGAAAUAUGAUCACAGGCUGUAGAAACCCAGUGUUAUAGUUUGAAAAAUGCCCAAUUUUAAACACUGAAAGGCUUUGUGUCUCUCUUUCUGUCAGCUAUAAAUGUUACAUCACCCGAUGCUGUGCUUGUGCCCUGAAAGCAUGUUUUUUUCCCCUCUUUCUUUCUUUGUUCCUUUUAUUUGCAUGUAUAAAGUCACAUCUAAUUUUUCAGUUACAGGCUUUAGUACUGAAAUUUUUUAUAGUUUAUGGUUUGGUUAGCAAGACUUGGUUACCUUGUAGGAAUUCCUGUUCAUGAGCAUCCUGGUGACAUCCAUGAUAUCACUUUAAAACAGUGCAGACAUAACAGGUUGUCAUGCAGUACUGUAGAUAUAAUAAUAUUUUAUCAGUAAUUUAUCAUAUUAUUAUCUGUGCAUUACCAAUGGUGCGCACUGCACAUAAUAAGGUCUAUCCCCCAAUGACUUUUCAUUGAUUCAAGGUAGUUUGUGUUUGACUAUGU